AUGGUGAGGAGAAAGCGCACCAUUGAGGAGCUCCUCGGCGAUACGUGCGGGGCCUGUCAUGAGACGUUCCGGACGACCCAAGGCCUCUCAGCGCACCAGACCAUGAGCAAAAAAUGCGCUUGGUAUAAAAAGGGUAAACUGAAAGAGAUCUUCAAGGUCAAGGAUCGCCAGGAAAUAUUAGAUGAUGGCGCAACAUUUGAACACGCACGAACGGACCAACAUGAUUCUACCGACGGUCCAAGUCAUCCGCGGGAACAAGAAGAAAUCCAGGACCUGGAAGACGAGGAUGAAGACAGUGAACUUGCCUCACUAUAUGAUUUCAUCGAGGUCUGCACACCUCCCGAGCCGCCAGGCGAUCCAGGAGGCGAUGGCAACGGCGAGGACAUGGCAGGGCCCUCAACUAGAUCGACCAGCACCAGAAGAACCGCUCUGUCGCUUGAUGACAAUGAGGAUGAGCGAGUGGAUGCAGAAGAAGACCCAGACCGUGAACGCACUGCUGAACAGUCGGAGAACCCUUGGAAGCCAUUCGAGUCCGAGAUGGAUUGGCGAUUUGCGUCGUGGGCAAUACAAGAAGGCCUGACCCUCGGUUCCAUUGAUAGAGCGUUGGAAAUCCCCGGUUUGCAAGAGAAACUCGGGUUGUCGUAUCAUAACAGCCGAGCUCUUCUCCAGCGUGUCGACUCACUUCCUGAGAGAGCGGAAUGGAAGGAGCAGAUCCUCUCGUUCAAGGACCGUCCGAAGGAGAGGCAUCUUCUCCAGUUCCGGGAUAUCAUACAAGCAAUACGUACCUUGCUAGGCAACCCGGAACACGCUGAUCAAAUCGUGUACCGACCGCGGCGGAUUUUCUCAGAUGCAUCCAGGAAGCACCGGCUCUACAACGAGAUGUGGACCGGGCGUUGGUGGCACGCUGUGCAGGUGAGUACUGCCGCAUCAGUAGAACGCAUAUAUUUUCUGAAUCAAGUGUAG